AUGAAAUCUCUCCUCUUCUUUCCUCUGAUCCCAUAUACCCUUGCCCUCGUUGCACCGCUCGAGCGCCUCACACCCAACGUCUUGAAGCGCGACGCACACUGGGGAACGAAGUCUUGGACCCACGGCUCCGGCACCCGCACCAUCACCAUAACAACAACGUUCACUGUAACCAUCACCGCCUUCCCAACAACCAACGGAACGUUUCCAAACACUGCUACCACAGACGCGAGCGCAACAGUGACAACCAGCAAUGACCUUGCCCCAAUCACAUUGAUCACGCUUCCCAGUGAAGGGGCUACGCCAACGGAGACCAACGAUAACCUAGCGCCCAUUUCAUUGAUUGAUAUCAGUACGGUUCUUCCAACUACUACGGCAACUGGUGAUGAGGAUACGGCAGCACCUACGCCAAAUGAUAUCGAGCCAAUUACGCUGAUCGACAUCAGCACUGUGGGUUCGAUCUAA